AUGACAAUGAUCCCGGGCAACGGAGGAGUGGCUUCUUCAUCCAGUCAGAUUUUAGAGCCUGCACUUAACGUGUCUCCAGCGGUGGGGAAGGUGGAGCCAGUUGCCACGGCGACUAAAGAGCAUCACAGUGGUUGGCUGGAGGAUCUGGAUGAGGAGGCAGAUGAGGAAGAUUUCCACCUGCUCUACAACAGUUACUCUGGAGACGAUCUGAUUUACUCUGACAGCAAGUCAGAUGAUGGGAUGGUAGAGACGCUGGAGGCGGAGCAUCUGUCUGAUCAUAGCUCUGACUCCGAUCGGCCCCUCGCUGCUUAUAAGAAAACAUCUGCAGAGAGAGACGAGUCGACAUGGAAACGUCAGGGGAAGGGUAAAGGGAGAGACAGACCCCCCGCUGGAGGGCUGGAGACAGAUAAAGGUGUGGAAUCUGCAGUCACAGUGGGCAGCACUGACUACACUGAGGUUCCUCUGGACUCACUGGACAUUUCUGCAGCGGACAGCCUCUCUCUGUCUCCACACGCAGAUGGCAGUGAUGCAGAAACCGAGCGUCUGGAGGAGCUUCCUCUGUGCAGCUGCAGGAUGGAGGCGCCGCGUGUGGACGGAUUCAGCGCUCGCUCCAACAGAACCUGCAUGGCCAUAGAGAGCAUCAACGGAGAGUUGGUGGGCUGCACCAAUGUGAUCGUGAAGGGGGAGACAAUGCGUCCGUCCAGCCGUGUGUCUCUAAUGGUGUUGUGUGAGACGCACCGUUCACACAUGGUGAAACAUCACUGCUGUCCGGGCUGUGGAUACUUCUGUCUCUCUGGAACGUUUCUUGAAUGUUGUCCAGACGUUCACAUUGCUCACCGCUUCCACCGGGGCUGUGUGUCUGUGCUGGGCGGUGGGCGGAGUCGAGGAGGAGUGGGCGUCGGCCUGCUGUUCUGCCCUCACUGCGGUGAGGACGCGUCAGAGGCGCGUGAAGUCACUAUCCCUCCUGCAGCGCCCUCUUCAGGCUCGAACGUGGUCACUGCAAGUGCGUCGUCCACCACAACCACACCCUCGCUACUUCCCUCUGCGCUCGCGGCCACAUCACGAGCGCUAAACCACGAGAAGAAGAUGGGCGAGCUGAUCAAUGCAAGGAUGCGAUGUCGUGGAGAUGUAAGAAAGGGGGCGGAGCUGCAAACUCAGCAGGCCAAUGCCACUCCAGGAGAGGAUGUGGUUGCCCUGGGCGACGGCGGGGUGGACAGUGUGGGACCGUCGCUCGUCCUGCCCAAUGGGAAGCCAGUCUGUCCCAGUGCACUUCCGCCGGGAGACAAGAGGGCGGCGCUACAGAGAGCCAUUCUCACACAGGACACUGAGAGCGGAGCCUGCGUCUAUCAUGCAGCAGGAGCUAAGGUGGACGCCCAGGAUAAGACCCUGAGGACCCCUCUGUUAGAGGCCAUAGUGAACAAUCAUGUGGAGGUGGUGAAAUACCUGAUCCAGAGCGGAGCCUGCGUCUAUCAUGCAGAAGAGGAUGGAUCUACAGGUCUUCAUCACGCUGCUAAACUGGGGAACCUGGAGGUGCUGAUGCUGUUACUGAGCACCGGACAGGUGGACUUAAACACACAGGAUAGCGGCGGUUGGACGCCCAUCAUCUGGGCGGCAGAACAUCGACAUAUAGACGUGAUCAGAGCUCUGCUCAACAGAGGAGCCGACGUCACGGUCCGAGACAAAGAGAUGAACGUUUGUCUGCACUGGGCGUCGUUCGCGGGCAGUGCUGAGAUAGUGGAGCUGGUCCUGAAUGCCGGCUGUCCUCUGUCGUCUGUUAACCUGCACGGAGACACGCCGCUGCACAUCGCUGCUCGCGAGGGCUACACCGACUGCGUCACGCUGUUUCUUUCUCGAGGCGCUGACAUCGACAUUAUGAAUAAGGAGGGCGACACGCCGCUCUCUCUCGCCCGCUGUGACACGCCCGUCUGGGUGGCGCUACAGAUUAACAGGAAGUUGCGUCGGGGAAUCUCCAAUCGUGUUGUACGGACAGAGAGGAUCAUAUGCAGUGACGUCGCUCAGGGUUACGAGAAUGUUCCCAUCCCGUGUGUUAACGGCGUGGACGAUGAAGGCUGUCCGUCUGACUACAAAUACAUCGCAGAGAACUGUGAAACAUCCACCAUGAACAUCGACCGCAACAUCACACACCUGCAGCACUGCAGCUGUACAGACGACUGUUCCUCCAGUAACUGUCUCUGCGGGCAGCUCAGCAUCCGCUGCUGGUAUGACAAGGAUCAUCGCCUCCUUCAGGAGUUUAAUAAAAUCGAGCCGCCUCUGAUCUUCGAGUGCAACAUGGCCUGUUCCUGCCAUAAAUCCUGCAAGAACCGAGUGGUUCAAGCUGGAAUUAAGGUGCGUCUGCAGCUCUACCGGACGGAGAAGAUGGGAUGGGGCGUCAGAGCGCUUCAGGACAUUCCUCAAGGAAGUUUCAUCUGCGAGUAUGUUGGCGAGCUGAUCUCUGACGCAGAAGCAGACGUGAGGGAGGACGAUUCGUACCUCUUUGAUCUGGACAACAAGGAUGGUGAAGUGUACUGUAUUGACGCGCGCUACUACGGUAACAUCAGCCGCUUUAUAAACCAUCUGUGUGACCCCAACAUCAUCCCCGUACGUGUGUUCAUGCUGCACCAGGACCUGCGCUUCCCUCGCAUCGCCUUCUUCAGCUCCAGAGACAUUUUCACCGGACAGGAGCUCGGGUGA